CGGAAGUCCGGGCGGAGACUGCGGCUGCGCCUGUCGUGAAAGGGCAGGCGUCGCGGGGCCGGCCACUUCCGCACUUCCGCUUUCUGGCCCAGCCAGCGCCCGCGAUGACUGCCACUCUCCGCCCCUACCUGAGUGCCGUGCGGGCCACGCUGCAGGCUGCCCUCUGCCUGGAGAACUUCUCCUCCCAGGUCGUGGAACGACACAACAAGCCGGAGGUGGAAGUCAGGAGUAGCAAAGAGCUCCUGUUACAACCUGUGACCAUCAGGAAUGAGAAGGAAAAGGUUCUGAUUGAGGGCUCCAUCAACUCCGUCCGGGUCAGCAUCGCAGUGAAACAGGCCGAUGAGAUUGAGAAAAUUUUAUGUCACAAGUUCAUGCGCUUCAUGAUGAUGCGAGCAGAGAAUUUCUUCAUUCUUCGAAGGAAACCGGUGGAGGGCUAUGACAUCAGUUUUCUGAUCACCAACUUCCACACAGAGCAGAUGUACAAACACAAGUUGGUGGACUUUGUGAUCCACUUCAUGGAGGAGAUCGACAAGGAGAUCAGUGAGAUGAAGCUGUCAGUGAACGCCCGUGCUCGCAUUGUGGCUGAGGAGUUCCUUAAGAAUUUUUAAACCAUCUGGCUGGAUCUCGUGGCCUUCCCUCUCAGCCUCCCCGUCUCUGUGAAGGCGUCCUGGAGUCACUCCUCAGAGCAGCGGCAGCAGCAGCCGGGAGCUGGGUGGGCUGGGCAUUUGAUGUGGGAGGGGGGUGGUGUGCUUGCUAGCUGGGCAAGAAAGCAGCAAUGGACCUGCCCCAAGGCCGCACGUGCCUGGUCAGGCUGGCUUCUGAUGUUCAGUCCCCUGGGCUGGGACAGAUUUUUUUUUUAAAGUCUUGAAAUUUAAAACUGUGCUUGUAAGAGACAGUAACCUUUUGUCUUUUUUUUUUUUUUUUUUUUUU